AUGAAAGUGCGGUCUGCCGCGCGGGCGAAAUCUGCCGGCCGCGAGGGCAUCUGCCGGCGCUCGUCUGCCAAAGUGGCGCCAGAGUGGAGAACUGGAGGCUGCAUAUUCAAACGGCCCGAGGCGGUCUACCGUCCGGCGGCGGCGGUCUACCGUUCGGCGGCUGAAAAAGGGGUAGACGAGUCUACCGCGGUCUACCAAGUCUACCGGUAG